AUGGAGAUCUGGAAUCGAGUUUUAACUUACUCGGAGCUCGGAUUUUGGAAAAAGACGGUGAAAGAGUACACCGUCAAGUGGUCGGGAACCCUACGGCCGUUGCGGCGGCGGAAAAAGAGGAGAAAAAAGGCGAUGAGGGAUAAUGAGGAGGUUAACGAAGAGGCAAUACAGGUGGCUGCUUUGCAACCACAAGCCCCGUUACCUUGUACUUGUAGAUACAGAUCCUUGAGACACUACCUGGUGACCUGUGGACUCUUUGGUUGCUGCCUUCCAAUGAUCGUUGAUUCAGCAUAUUCUGUACUCAACACCAACAAAAGGCACUACUUUUCAAGACAAGCCGUUCCAUUCAAGUGUUUUGAUGGCUUCAGCGACAUGGAAGCAACUUGCUGCAUUUUCUUCUUGAACAAAGUUCGCAAUAUCGACAUUGGUGUGCCCACACUUGAGAACGCAAGCAUAUUCACGAAGUUACCAUGGGAGCAGCCAGAUGUUUUUAGAGAAUGUCUUGUCAUAGUCUAG